GUCCGCGUGUCCUUGCACCACGGGGACAUGUGCUAAGUAACGGAGGAGGUGGACGUAAACAUGCAAUAAGUGACAGUGGAAACCAGGUAGCCUACUACGCAAGUGCGCUCCCUCCGGACCUCCACACUGAACUUUACCCGCUGAGCUUUGACGCGAUGGCUGCUGCUGCUGCUGCUGCUCUGGGGGAAGUUGGAGGCGUCUUGCACGGCAUCGAUGGUGUCGCACACGUCGGGUCCCAUUUCCUCCUGACCCCUCUCGGGGACAGUCCGACGCUUCUGGGGGAGCACCUCAUACCUGGGGACAGGCUCUCCCGGAGCACCACGGCGGAUUUAACGCACCUCAAAGGGAUUCUGAGGAGGAGACAGUUAUACUGCAGAACUGGAUUUCAUCUGGAAAUACUUCCGGAUGGCACAGUGCAAGGGACGAGGAAGGACCACAGUCGUUUUGGUAUUUUGGAAUUCAUAAGCCUUGCUGUUGGAUUGAUAAGCAUUAGAGGGGUGGACAGUGGACUCUAUCUGGGGAUGAAUGACAAAGGAGAGCUGUAUGGCUCUGAGAAGCUCACAGCUGAAUGUGUCUUCAGGGAGCAGUUUGAGGAGAACUGGUACAACACAUACUCCUCCAACCUGUACAAACACGGAGACAAAGGGACGCGUUAUUUUGUGGCAUUGAAUAAAGAUGGGACACCAAGAGAUGGGACUAAAUCCAGGCGGCACCAGAAAUUUACACACUUUUUGCCCAGGCCUGUGGACCCUGACCGUGUGCCAGAGCUGUACAGGGAUAUCCUGGGACACAGCUGAGACCCGGAGGACUGGUGCAGAUCAGGAAUAGCUGCUAAAACCCUCAGAGGCAGGGAGCAGAGAAGAGAAAGAGGGACGCAGGCAGGGAUGUGGCCGGUGCAAGGCUUGUGGACAGCAGCCCGACCGGCAGGGAUAAAGGUACCAGGGCCUCUUGUAGGAAUGCAUGGGCCAUCUCUCAGCAGCCAGGAAGACAGGCUAGAAUGUCUGCAAGCUCGGCAUGAGGGGGUCGUUUGUUUCAGAGGCCGGACGACCCUAAAAAGUACCUGCGUGGAAUAGGAGACGAAUGGGAAACAGAGCUGAAUGGUCAGGGAGCAUCUCCUCUGUUGUCUGUUGGACAGAGACGUCAGCUGAUGUGGAGUCUGUGGGAAUCUGUAGUAUCACAAGAUGGUACUUUUUAUUUGGGUACUGUGUCAGAGAGCCGCAGUUUGUUCAGAAGGACUUUGAAGGAAUCCAUUUUUUUUUCUUACCUGUGUCUAGACCAUUUUAAAAAGAGCAAAGCGUAACAAUUUAUUUAUUCCUUUUAGAUACAUAUAUUUAUGUUAUAUAUUUAUUUAUUUGAGAAUAUAUUUUUACAGUUAGAUCCAAUAUAGAAACUGUAUCGAUUAUAUAAAGACUGAGACACUGUACCGUUAUGUCUUUUAUUUUGAGAACAGCUCAGCUAGUGAUAUGAUGUAAUAUGGGCAAAAAUAUGAAACGUGUUAGCAAAAUUUGGAAAAGAUCCUCACAUCUGAAAUGCAUUUUAUCAAAAUCAGAUAA